UGUAAGGCACAGAUUGGAUAGCCACAUUAGAGAACCAAAAUAAGCGCCGAGAGUCAAGGAAGCUCGGAGGCACAACAAUGGCGUCCCUUUUAGAGACUCCAUUUUCUUCACCUCACUCACUCUUCAACUCUCACUCUCACUCUUCACACCCACAAUCCCACAACCCCAAUUCACUGCAAUGCUUCCCUGUCAAGCCCUUUCACCUCCCUAUUCUCCGCUCUUCCUCCACCCCCACCUCCGGCGGAGCAGUCGACUCUUCGCCGCCGCCGCCGCUGUCGAACCAGGACGAGAUUUCGCUUGAUGGGUCUAGUAAAGAUCGGCGCAAGGUGGUCAAGUUUGCCUGGGAGAAGCUGGUUCGAUGGUCUCGCUCAUGGCGGUCCAAAGCCAAGACUGAUGUUCUUGAACGCACUAACAAGGUGGUUGUUCUUGGAGGUGGAUCUUUUGGAACAGCUAUGGCUGCCCAUGUUGCAAAUAGGAAGGCUGAAUUGGAAGUUAAUAUGCUCGUACGAGAUCAUCGAGUUUGUGAAUCCAUUAAUGAGAAUCACUGCAAUAGUAAGUAUUUCCCAGAGCACAAGCUACCAGAAAACGUAAUUGCAACAACUGAUGCCAAGGCCGCUCUGUUGGGUGCAGAUUUUUGUUUCCAUGCUGUCCCUGUUCAGUUCAGCUCGGUAUUCCUUGAGGAUAUUGCAACGCAUGUUGAUCCGAGCUUGCCAUUUAUAUCUCUCAGCAAGGGUUUAGAGCUCAAUACAUUAAGAACAAUGUCUCAGAUAAUCCCCCGAGCACUAAGAAGUCCUCGGCAGCCCUAUGUCGUUCUAUCUGGACCUUCUUUUGCACUGGAGUUGAUGAACACGUUACCAACAGCAAUGGUGGUAGCGUCUAAAGACAAAAAAGUUGCAAAUGCAGUUCAGCAACUUCUGGCCUCGAGAAACCUGAGAAUCAAUACAUCAAGUGAUGUUACAGGGAUUGAGAUUGCAGGUGCGCUGAAGAAUGUACUAGCAAUAGCAGCUGGUAUUGUGGAAGGAUUGAAUCUCGGGAACAACUCCAUGGCUGCUCUUGUAGCACAAGGGUGCUCUGAAAUUCGAUGGUUGGCAACAAAGAUGGGUGCAAAGUCAACUACAUUAACGGGGCUUUCAGGGACUGGGGACAUCAUGCUCACGUGUUUUGUGAAUCUUUCAAGAAACAGAACUGUUGGGGUUCGUCUUGGAUCAGGAGAAAAGCUUGAAGACAUACUCGGUUCUAUGAACCAGGUGGCUGAAGGUAUAACAACAGCAGGAGCUGUGAUUGCGCUAGCGCAAAAAUACAAGGUCAAAAUGCCGGUUUUGACAGCAGUUGCCCGGAUUAUUGACAAUGAACUCACUCCAACUAAAGCUGUUUUUGAAUUGAUGAAUCUCCCUCAGGUUGAAGAAGUUUAGAGAUUUGGAUGAGUUGCAGAGAAGAGGAAAGAUCCUCAAAGUCAUAAAAGUUUUUAACUGUAUACAUCAUUGUUUGUUGCUGCAUUGUGCUGCCAAGUAGAGUAGUCCCAUACUUUAAACGUUUUUUUUUU